AUGGCAUCCGAGUAUGACGUCGAGUCUGCUAAUGCGUCCUACACCACAGCUCGUACCGAGUGGCGCCAAGAAUGCCUCGACGCUGGAUUCGACCACCAUUCCAAUGUAAAUGAAAAGGCGACCUCGCAUUUCCUGCGAAAACACCCCGCUCUCGACGUUUCUAUUACCAGCGUAGCGCUUGGCGAGAGCACGUCCACCAACCCCGUGGUUGUCGCUCUGUCUCCCCCUGAUGCUCCUCGUCCGAACAUGGCUGUUCGAGCCAAAGUUGUCGAUCAUGUAACGAAGUCGCUCACCGUUGCACAACGCACCGACCUGGGUCGACCCAUCGACUCCGCUGAGCUCGGGGCAGCUCUGCAAUCGAUGAAGCCCAAUACGGCACCAGGCCCGGAUGGGUGGCCGGUGGCCUUCUUUCUCACUGCGCCUUCCACAUUUGCUGCCAUCCUACCCGAGUUUUCAAUCAUCAGUGGUCCAAAUUCGGAUGCCUUCUCCCCCAGCAGCGCCUGA